AGUGGAUCCGACACCAUGACAUCUGUACAAAAUUUGUUAGACGCGGAUUCUGAUGAAGUGAAUCUGUCAGGUCUUGUGGAAUCUAUUGUUGAUAGCGAUGAGGAGGAGGAUCUGGCAGAGAGUAUGAAUAGUUUAACGGUGCGCGAUUCUGUACGAGAAUGUUUAGAAAAGAAUCUUGUUGAGAAAACGGAGGAUGACAUAGAAACGUUUUUGGAGUUUACGCAACAACUGAAAAUUUUUACAAACAUAACUUUGGCUGUCAGAAGAGUGUUGUGCACUGUAAUGGUAUUUACGAAGAUCGAUCGUGCUGGGAUGGUGGUUUUAAACGAUGGCGAGGAACUCGACAGUUGGAACGUGCUGAUCAACGGCGCUGUUGAGAUUGAGCACAGCAAUGGCGAGAUUGAACAACUCGGUCUCGGAGAUAGCUUUGAAAUUUUGUCUACUAUAGAGAGGCUAUUACAUCGUGGAGUUAUGAGAACAAAGUGCGACGAUUGCCAAUUUAUUUGCGUAACGCAAGCAGAUUACUUUCAAAUACAACAUCAAGGAGAAGUGAAUAUCAAGAGAUACAAAGAGAAUGAAAAGGUGAUUCUGAUGACUGAAUUGCAAGGAGCUUUAGAUGGCGCGGCUCGAAGAGGUCACGUAGUGAUUCGGGGAACGCUAGAGCGUUUGAUGUUACAGCUCAUUGAAGAAAACAGGAUUACGGAUCCUACUUAUGUGGAAGAUUUCUUAUUGACUCAUCGAAUGUUCAUUGAUAGUCCGUUGUUAGUCGCAAGUCAAUUGCUGGAGUGGUUUAAUCAGGCGCAAGUGCGAGAUCGCGUUGUUCGCGUCGUGCUCUUAUGGGUGAAUAAUCAUUUUACCGAUUUUGAAACUGAUCCAGCAAUGAUGGAAUUUUUAGGAGCAUUCAAAAUUGGACUUGAAAGAGAGAAAAUGUUUAGACAACAAAGGUUGCUAAAUGUGCGGCUUACAUGUGCGGCGAAAGCGAAAACGCGAAAUGUAACGUUAGCCAGGCCAAACAGGGAUAAAGUCUUAAAUUUUAGCAUUUUAAGAGGAUUUAAGAGAAGUUUUGGUAUAUUUAUCUCAAAAGUUGACAAGAGAUUUAAGGCUGAAGAUGUCGGUUUAAAAAGAGGCGACCAGAUUUUAGAAGUGAACGGCCAAAGUUUUGAGCAUGUAAAUCAUGCGAAAGCACUCGAUAUUCUGAGAGCUUUUGCGCAUCUCAGUAUAAUUGUAAAAUCUAAUUUGCUUGUUUUCAAAGAGAUGCUCCAAAUGUCAGACAAUUCCCCGAGACCUCGAGAUAGAACAAAUAAACCGGAAAUACCCAGACUUCAAUCGAAUCCACGAGUCAGACUAUCAACGCACGUAGAUCUCACGACUCCUGUGAAUCCUUUAAAUCCCAUGAUUGGUGGAAUAUCGUUAUUAAUUCCAGACAACAAUGUAUUGCUAUGCAAAGAUGCUAAAAAAGAACACAAAGGAUUUAUGACUCUUGGACCUAAACGGCGAUUACAGAAAGCACUUAUGAAAAUGAACAUACUGCCAAGGAACACGAUCAACGACGGUGUACACGUGGAUGAUCCUUUUGCGCCACCGCAUACACCACCGGAAACAGAACUUACGCAAACUACUACUAAUCUAUACCGUUCGAAAACUAAUCCAGAUCUUACGUUGCUUUGUUACUACGACCGUAGAACACCGUCUACGCAAGCAUCCAUGAUAACGUUUCGGACAUUCAAGCUUCUGAAUGUUACAACAAUUGCCA